AACAACAACAACAACAACAACGUCGAGUCCGCCUUGACCUGCUUGCUUGCUUGCUUGCAGGGUAUUUGAUAGCUAAGGUAGGGACUAUCUCUGCCUGUCUACGUACCCACCCAAUGUCAACGUCAACGUCACCGCCAGCGACAUCAACAUUACCCCAUGCGCGUGACGUGCAAGACCGUGUGCGUGUGUGUGCGCGUGCGGGUUUGUGUGCGUGUAUGCGUGUGCGUGCGUAGCCACAACGACAGCUCGCUCGCUCAGCCAUUGGAGCAGCGGCAGCAACAGCGGCAGUGGCAGCACGACAGGUUCGUUCCCCCUCGACCAGGAGCAAAGACCCCCGUACGUACCUUUCCUCCGCGCCGAUCCCGGUUCGUCCCGUCCCGUGGGUCCCACACUCUGGUGCCACCAGGCCGCGAACCCCCCCUCCCAACCCUUAUCCUCUUAUAUAAGCAUAGAAUGAUUACUUGCCAGCCAAAACGAUGGCGGACCCAACCAACCGCGGCACGCAGACGCCCGUCCUACCACCCAUCCAUUCAUUCUUCCAUCCAUCCAUCCAUCCGUCCGUCCAUCCCGUUCGCCGGUGUCCAAGACGCUUCUUGUGGAUUAUUGAUAGUGGAGUUUGUGAGAGAAGCAAAAGAAAAGGAAAGAAUGCCGAUGACUUUUUUUCUUUUUCGUGCGUCGUGUCCUUGCCGCGGCAGCUCUGGGCUCGAGGCCACGCCGUACGUUCAAUCCCAGACCAACUGGUCCCGUCUACGUGGAGAAGAUGAAUAUGAUAGUUGUGCGCCGUGGAGGACGCAAGACCAAAAACUUCGGAGGGGACACAAGCCAAAAAAGAGGAUCCAAAUAAAGAAGACGAAGAAGAGAAAGAAGCACAAAGGCACAAGCGCGCUCACGCAUUGAGCACGCGCUUAACGCGGCGGCGCUUGAGGCUGUCCUUCUUGUCGGCAGCAGCGGCAGCAGCGGCAGCAUCAUUAGGGUCGACCUCCUUGACCUCGGUGACGCGCUUGCCGCCCAUGCUGUGGACCGUCUCGGCCAGGCGGCCAUUGAGCUGCAGCGACUCGACGUCGUCGCCGCCGCCGAUGCUGCGCCCGUUGAUCAGGAUGUUGGGCACGGUG